UCAGCCGCUGGGCCUGAGCAGACGACGACGAGGAGGGAAGGAAGGAAAGGGCCACCCCUCCAUCCCGCCGGCCGCCCUUCUGCCUCCUUUUUCCACCACCCCCACGACCAGCCGCUUUUUGGUUUUUCUUCGCGGCCUCGCCUCGCUCCUCGCCCUGCCCGGCCUGGGCCUGCCUUGACCAGUCCUUCUCGGCCCAGUCCUGCAUUGCCCCGUCCUGCCCAGUCCUGCCCGUUCCUUCCUUGCCCAGUCCUACCUGCCCCUUUCUUGACCAGUCCUACCUGCCCCUUUCUUGACCAGUCCUACCUGCCCCUUCCUUGCCCAGUCCUGCCCGCUCCUUCCUUGCCCAGUCCUGCCUGCUCCUUCCUUGCCCAGUCCUGCCUGCUCCUUCCUUGCCCAGUCCUACCCGCUCCUUCCUUGACCAGUCCUGCCCGCUCCUUCCUUGACCAGUCCUGCCCGCUCCUUCCUUGACCAGUCCUGCCCGCUCCUUCCUUGCCCAGUCCUGCCCGCUCCUUCCUUGCCCAGUCCUACCUGCCCCUUUCUUGCCCAGUCCUGCCCGCUCCUUCCUUGACCAGUCCUGCCUGCUCCUUCCCGGUCCUGCCCCGUCUUGCCCUGCCCCACCUUGCCCUGCCCAGUCGUGCAUUGCCCACCCCUUCCCAAUCCUGCCCAGUCCUUCUCGGCCCAAUCGUGCAUUGCCCUGCCCCUCCAAAUCCUGCCCUGCCCAGUCCCGAAUCGGCCUGCCCUGUGGGGCCCCGCCGGGAUGGGCUGCUCCCCGAGCCUGCGGCCCGGCCUGGCACGGCUCCGGCUCUUCUCGUCGGGGGCCUGACUCCCUCCUCGUCCUCGUCGUCCCGGGGACAUCAUCGGGACGGUCCUCUCCCUCCCAUCUCUCCCCCUCGACGGCGUCCGAAGUCUGCCGGUGUGAUUCGAACCCGCCACCCGGGGGGGACCUGCUGCUGCUGCAAACCUCAAGCCGGAGGGAGAGAGAUGCCCACCGGCCUGUGUGAGCCCGGGUCGGGUCCCCCCAUGCGUCCUGGGGGAGUGAGGCCGAUGCCCCUCUCCCUUUAAACGCCUCGGGAUCUACCGCCGGGGACUCGUCCUUCUCCUUUCUUUCUUGACUCUUGAUUUUCGUCGCUCAUCUUUCCCCGAAGAGCUGAAAUCCCUCCCUCCCAGGAAAGCCGGGAAUUGGGGAAGGGGGAAUUAGGGGAGACUCCGGCAGGAAGACCAGGAUCCUCUUGGGGAAAAUUGAAGCCUCGGGGCCACUUCAGCGCUGCAAGUUAUCCGUGGGCAAAAUGGGGGAGCAACCGAUCUUCAGCACCCGAGCUCAUGUCUUCCAGAUUGACCCCAACACGAAGAAGAACUGGGUUCCCACCAGCAAGCAUGCGGUUACCGUGUCCUACUUCUAUGACAGCACAAGAAAUGUCUACAGGAUAAUCAGUUUGGAUGGCGCAAAGGCAAUAAUAAAUAGCACCAUCACCCCAAACAUGACAUUCACUAAAACAUCUCAGAAGUUUGGCCAGUGGGCAGACAGCCGGGCAAAUACUGUUUAUGGUUUGGGGUUCUCCUCUGAGCAUCAUCUGACAAAGUUUGCAGAAAAGUUUCAGGAAUUCAAAGAAGCCGCUCGAUUAGCAAAGGAGAAAUCCCAAGAGAAAAUGGAACUCACAAGUACACCUUCCCAGCCUCUGAUACGUACUGAGCCAAGCGGGUGGUCAAUAAGUCCUUCUGCUAAUGCUACAAAGGUGGAAGAGACGGAAGCGCUCCGACAGCACCUGGUGUACAGGGCUCCGCACACAGAGUCAGCAGGAGGAGAUCUUCAGUCUCCACUAACUCCAGAAAGCAUUAACGGGACAGAUGAUGAAAGAACUGAAGUGACACAAAACUCAGAACCAAGGGCUGAACCAACCCAGAAUGCAUUGCCAUUUUCACAUAGUUCAGCCAUCAGCAAACAUUGGGAAGCGGAACUGGCCACCCUCAAGGGUAACAAUGCCAAGCUUACAGCUGCCCUUUUGGAGUCCACUGCCAAUGUCAAACAAUGGAAACAGCAACUCGCUGCAUAUCAAGAGGAAGCAGAACGCCUCCACAAGCGGGUGACUGAACUGGAGUGUGUGAGCAGUCAAGCAAAUGCCGUCCACUCCCACAAAACGGAGCUAAACCAGACCAUCCAGGACUUGGAGGCGACGCUGAAGACAAAGGAGGAGGAAAUAGAGAGACUGAGACAAGAAAUCGACAAUGCCCGAGAGCUACAGGCCCAGAGGGACUCUCUGACGCAGAAACUUCAGGAAGUAGAAAUCCGAAACAAAGACCUAGAAGGACAGCUGUCCGACCUGGAGCAACGUCUGGAGAAGAGUCAGAAUGAGCAAGAAGCCUUUCGCAAUAACUUGAAGACACUUUUAGAAAUCCUCGACGGGAAAAUCUUUGAGCUGACAGAAUUACGAGACAACCUCGCCAAGCUCAUAGAGUGCAGCUAAAGCAGUCGGAAUGCCGGUGGCCGUCGUUUUAAAGCAGCACCGUCUGUCCUCAAAAGACUCCGCUGGGCUCCGCGUUCAAGUUGCACAAGAUCCGAAUCUCGUUCCUUCAGGAGGAGGGACCGUUUGCCAAUUGGGGAAGUACAUUUCAGUGUCAACUUUAGGACUCAGCUUGCAGCUAGUUGAAAAGAUGAAAAAAACUUGAACUACAACUUA